CCAAUCACCUUUGAGGACAUGGCUGUCCAUUUCUCCCUGGAGGAGUGGGCUCUCCUGAAUCCUGAUCAGAAAGCCUUGCACAUGCAGAUCAUGGAGGAUAUUCAUGGGAUGGUGGACUCUCUUGCAGACAACUGGAUGAAGAGCAAUAUAUACACCAAACGCAGGAAGCAUUUUGGACACAACGGGGGCCUUCCUAGAUGCCAGCAAACCCACAGAGAAGAUGGAGAUUCUGUCAGAGAAACGGCCUACAAAUGCAAUGUAUGUGGACAGUGUUUUUCCCAAAAUAUGGCAUUUGUACUUCACAAGACACUCCAUGCUGGGAAAACCCAUCUUAAAAGGAAAGAAUCAGCAAAAUGUGCUGCUGAUUACAAAUCACCACAUCUGAGCCAAGAAGAAAUCUUUGAAGGAAAUGAGGAUUUCAUAAGCCAGGAGUGUGGUAAAUCUUUUAUGCAGAGUUCACACUUGGUGAAACACGAGAGAUUUCACACAGGAAAGAAAGAGUACAAGUGCCAGAAGUGUGGGAAAUGUUUUACUCAGAAUACACACCUUAUAGACCACUGGAGAUCCCACACAGGAGGGGAACUGUACCAAUGCCAGGAGUGCGGGAAAUGUUUUGCUUACAGUUCACACUUGGUGAGCCACAAAAGACUCCACACAGGAGAGAAGCCAUACCAAUGCCAGGAGUGUGGGAAAUGUUUUGCUUCCAGUUCACCAUUGGUGAGGCACAGAAGACUCCACACAGGAGAGAAGCCAUACCAAUGCCAGGAGUGUGGGAAAUGUUUUACUGCCAGUUCAGACAUGGUGAGGCACAAAAGUCUCCACACCGGAGAUAAGCCAUACCAAUGUCAGGAGUGUGGGAAAUGUUUUGCUGACAGUUCAAACAUGGUGAGGCACAAAAGUCUCCACACCGGAGAGAAACCAUACCAAUGCCAGGUGUGUGGAAAAUGUUUUGCUGAUGUUUCAAACAUGGUGAAGCACAAAAGGGUCCACACAGGAGAGAAACCAUAUCAAUGCCAGGAGUGUGGGAAAUGUUUUGCUAGCAGCUCAAUCUUGGUGAGGCACAAAAGACUCCACACAGGAGAGAAGCCAUACCAGUGCCAGGAGUGUGGGAAAUAUUUUACUGACUGUUCAGCCCUGGUUAGGCACAAAACACUCCACAUAGAAGAGAAGCCAUACCAAUGCCAGGAGUGUGGGAAAUGUUUUGCUCGCAGCUCAGUCUUGGUGAGGCACAAAAGACUCCACUCAGGAGAGAAGCCAUUCAAAUGCCAGGAAUGUGGGAAAUGCUUUGCUGACAAUUCAGCCUUGGUGAGCCACAAAAGAUUCCACACAGGAGAGAAGCCAUACCAAUGCCCGGAGUGUGGGAAAUGUUUUGCUUACAGUUCACACUUUGUGAGUCACAAAAGACUCCACACAGGAGAGAAACCCUACCAAUGCCAGGAGUGUGGGAAAUGUUUUACUUGCAGUUCACACUUGGUGAGGCACAAAAGAGUCCACACAGGAGAGAAGCCAUACCAAUGCUAGGAGUGUGGGAAAUGUUUUGCUCGCAGUUCACACUUGGAGAACCACAAAAAAACAAAAACAAACUACGCACAGGAAAGAAAGGGUAAAAGUGCAGAAGAAUGAGAAAGGUUGUACUCAGUCUUCAUCCCUUAACAAGCACCAGAGAAAACACACUGGCUAAAAAAACAGAUGCUAGGCAUGUGGGAAAUGUUUUGUUUGGGAUUCAUACCUUUUGAACUGUCAUAGACUUUUGGAAAUUACAACCUUCUUCAUUCCUCCCCUAGUAAUUUGUAUAUAAUGCUGUUGCUACUUAUUUUAUGUAUGUUCUGGUAUGCAGCUUUCUUUCCUUUGCUCUAUAUUUUUUUUCUGAGAAGUUGUGGGACGGGCUGCAGACCAAAUGAUCAGAUCUGAGAUUGCUCAGAUCUCAGACUCCAUUUAGAACAUAAAGACUAUGGACUUCACCACAUUAAGCUGGGAAAUGUUUGAAAGAGGAGAGUUCUGUCUGACUGCAUUUAGUAAAAUAAAUGGGUGGUUUCCCUACCUUUUACCA